AUGCUUCGAACAACGGUGACGCUAGUAUCGAUCGGGCUGUGUUUGCUGCUGGACGGUGUUUGGAGUGCAAGCGGUGACGUAACGUCGACAGUGCCUUCAUCAACAACAACCACCAAAAUGGCUGAGGUGCAACAGGUUUUCGCGCAACACGAAGUCAUUCCCGAUGUGAUCGAUGCGGCACCGAAAGAGUUUGCUAAGAUCACCUACCCGAGCGGUGUCAGCGUUGACGGUGGUAACGAGCUGCGUCCGACACAGGUGAAGGAUCAACCACGCGUCGAAUGGACGGCCAAACCGGACACCUACUACACACUGUUCAUGGUUGACCCGGACGCACCGAACCGCAAGGAGCCAAAGUUCCGCGAAAUUGGCCACUGGUUGGUGGGCAACAUUCCCGGCACUAAGGUGGAGGACGGUGACCAUAUGUACGCGUUCGUCGGUUCCGGCCCACCGAACGGUAGCGGUUUGCAUCGGUACGUGUUCCUGGUGUACGAACAGCCGGCCGGGCGGAUCGACUACUCCAAGGCACCGCGCGUCUCGAACCGCAGCCGCAACCAUCGGCUAAACUACAAGCAUCGCGAGUUUGUGCAGCAGUACGGGCUCGGUGAGCUGGUGGCGGGAAAUUUCUACCAGGCCCAGUACGAUGACUACGUACCGACGCUGCACGCUCAGCUAUCGUCCGGAACCGAGUAG